CAUCAAAAACGAAAAUUGUUACUAGGCAGUCGUCGAAGUCGGCGGGAACCGCCUCUUCCUAGACGUGAAAAAUCUUGGGGACUCGGAAGAUCUUUUCCGACGAAAUCGCACCAGGAGUCUGCCUCUGCGAUAGUAUCCUCAGAUUCUGAUCACCGUCGAUAACAGUCAGCAGCAUCAUCACCGCCGUCUUACGAUGAGCCCGUCAUCCGAAACCACCUCUGAGUCUCGCGGCCGCCACCCACUCUGCAACCCACCAAUCCCCACUAACCUUCGGCCGCAUCUCUGUGUCCCGCACCACCUCCACCACCAUCACCAGAUUCACCACCCAAUUUACAACCCUCAUUUCCACCCUUGUUUCCACAUUUCCCGCGCAUUCCGUCCUCCCACGAGUUCUUCUCAUACAGCAACAGCGGAACCUCAAUGUUCUUCUGGUCUUCCUCAACCUACUGCUCCGAUGUCAUUCACACUCACCAAUUCUCUGCCUCAUUUUCACCACCAUUACCAUGGUUGCCUUGCUUUUUGUCAGAGGGUUCCAUACCAUCCAUGCCGUAGGCUUCUUUUGCCGCCUUCUCCCUGCGGGUUCAACUUUCUUCACGGGCAACAACAUCAAAACCAUGAAGUGAAUGCGUAUGAAGAUGGCGAUUGUGCCCUAGGAAGGUUACAGGAGGUGGAGGAUGAAGCAGGAGAUGAAGAGCCAGUGUUUGUAAUGACGGAUGAGUGGCUGGAGUUCUUUGCGAAGUCGGAAGCUAAAAGGCAACAAGAUAAGAAGCUGAAACAGAAAAAGGUUGGGCAUCAGCAGAAGCGGAAAGGCUCAAAUUAGAUUGAUGCUGAUCUUUGGCAGAAUCUGACCCUGCCUUUGUGCUACAUGAAACAGAUAUCUCGUGUGUAGAGAACUAAUGUAAGUGGCGUUGAAAAGUUUUGGAUUGAACAUGUAUAAGGAAGCCAAAAGAAUUGUAAAUUUGAUUGCCAAGAGGAGGAACUGUAGCUUUAAUCACCAACAGAGUUAUUUUUUCCA